AAAUGCAUAAAUAUGUGACUCGAUUUUCAUCAAAGACUUGGGGACCAUUGUAACGAAAACAUUUUUUCUUCUUCUUACAAUAUACCAAUGAGCUAUGUUAUACCUUCUGGCUUGAAUGCCCAGAAGUUUCAAAUCAACACUUAUGCACGACUUUAUGCAAACACAAAUAGUACACGAUGGUUAAGGACGAGAGCAAUACCGAAGACUGGUCAGAGAUUACAGAUGCCCUUUUUUGAUGCAGAACGAUUUGCUCGCUUGCUUGAAAAAGAGGGCUUUUCUUCUGUGCAAGCCAAAACGGUGAUUAAUGCUCUUGACGAUGUGGUUGAUGAAAGUACCAUCAAUGUCACCAAUGACUUGGUGAGUAAAGCGGAUCAAGAACAGACCAUCACGCGUUACAAAGAAGACUUUAGCAAACUUAAAAGCGAAAUCCAAAUCAUGGAACGAAGGGACGUGGAAGAAGUCAAGUCAGCCAAUGAACGUUUAAAGGUUGAAAUUGAAAAGUUGAAGAAAACGCUACGUGAAGAAUUAGUGCGUAGUCAAGCAGGAGUUCGACUAGAUUUAAACUUGGAUAAAGGCCGUAUUCGAGAUGAGACGAUUGAGCAGCAUAAUCGUUUACAACAAACGGAUGAUAAGAUUGAAAAUGAAAUCCAGGCACUUAAAAGACAAAUGGAAGGCAUUAAGUUGCAGAUUUUGCAGUAUAUGAUUGGAACUAUUACUGGUGCAGGAACUCUGAUUUUAGGUUACAUUCAUUUUUUUAGUUAGAUACAUUUCUCUCACGCGUCACAUAUGUAAUAAACUUCAUAGAUGUAAAAAAGACCCAAACAACCGUGGGAAAAUUAUUCGCCCCUGUUCAAUUGAGCAUGUUGGAACUCUUUAUUAUAAUAUUAAUAUCAUUUCAUACACAAGAUGAAUUCUCGGUAGGAGGUCUUUGACAUAUUUACAGUAAUAAGGGUGAAAAGAUCAAAUGGGAAACCACAUGUGAUGACAAACGAAAAAUAAAUCCAAAUUCCGUUAUAAUUCCCAUAUUUUAUUUUAUUUUAUUUUUUUCUCUUUUCUUUCCACUUCAAUAUUUUUCCUUUCUCGUC